UUCUGUCCAUGCAGCUGUGAGUUCCCAUCUCUCCCCUCCUCCUCCCGUCAGACAGUCCCCCCCUCUAUCCACCUGUCUGGUUCUCCGGGACCUAGCCUAACCCCUGAGCCCCAGCCUGAGACCCCCACCCAUCAGACCCCCAUCAGCAGUCUCCCAGAGCCCCAGCAGGGGCCUAGCGGUGAGGAAAGCCUGGGGCUAGAGUACCAUCUCUUGGCCAGGAGGGAGAGGUCUGCUGGGGAGCUGAGGGUGGAGGCCCUGGCCAGACAGCUGGUGUCCCGGGGGGAUAAGACCCUGACCCCGGUGCUGGACAGCUGGGCAGAGGGCGGACAGACCAUGGACCUGAUGGAGGAGAUCUUCCCCGCGGGGGGAGGGAGGUUACUGUGGCAACGCCGUAGGAUCAGCACCUGUCUGGAGGACAGGUGAGGGACGGUUGAGGAGCGGGGGGAGGAGAGGGGGGAGGAGAGGGGAAGGGAUAGGAGGUGAGCCGGGGGAGGAGAGGUGAAGGGAGAUGAGAGGGGAUUUGGGGAGGUCUGGUUAUCCAGAGGGAAUGAGGAAGUGUGAGUGUGUGCAUUAAUGCAUUUGUGUGUGUGUGUGUGUGUGUGUGUGUGUGUGUGUGUGUGUGUGUGUGUUAUUCAUCCUAUGUAACUAAAUAAUAGGUUAGACCGUUUGAUCAGGGUUCAUUACCAGGAGAUAGAACAAAGGCCCUUUGUUGUUGAGGCUCAUAACAUUAUGGCUCAGUUUAUUACAGACCCCUGUUAUCACAAGACAACUCUUAGGUUUUAGAAUAGAUACUGACAUAAGAGCAGCUAGUUAAGCAAGGGAAAGUCUAGCAUAUCUCAGGGGUUUCAAGGUGAAAUUGCAAAAACUAUUUUCAAGUCAAUCUGUUUUGUUUUCAUCAUGAACAUAUUGGAUAACAGACAGGAUAACAGUUGACUCUGACGCCACAGAAUGAUAACUGUUCAUAACUGCUGAUAUUCUGGCUGUAAACUACAGCUCUCUGUCUCUGUCUCUCUCUCUAUGUUAGAGCUAGGUAACGUCAGAUCAUACUGUCUCUCUAUGUUAGAACUAGGUAACGUCAGAUCAUACUGUCUCUCUAUGUUAGAGCUAGGUAACGUCAGAUCAUACUGUCUCUAUGUUAGAGCUAGGUAACGUCAGAUCAUACUGUCUCUCUCUAUGUUAGAGCUAGGUAACGUCAGAUCAUACUGUCUCUCUCUAUGUUAGAGCUAGGUAACGUCAGAUCAUACUGUCUCUCUCUAUGUUAGAGCUAGGUAACGUCAGAUCAUACUGUCUCUCUCUCUAUGUUAGAGCUAGGUAACGUCAGAUCAUACUGUCUCUCUAUGUUAGAGCUAGGUAACGUCAGAUCAUACUGUCUCUCUAUGUUAGAGCUAGGUAACGUCAGAUCAUACUGUCUCUAUGUUAGAGCUAGGUAACGUCAGAUCAUACUGUCUCUCUCUAUGUUAGAGCUAGGUAACGUCAGAUCAUACUGUCUCUCUCUCUCCAUGUUAGAGCUAGGUAACGUCAGAUCAUACUGUCUCUCUAUGUUAGAGCUAGGUAACGUCAGAUCAUACUGUCUCUCUAUGUUAGAGCUAGGUAACGUCAGAUCAUACUGUCUCUCUAUGUUAGAGCUAGGUAACGUCAGAUCAUACUGUCUCUCUAUGUUAGAGCUAGGUAACGUCAGAUCAUACUGUCUCUAUGUUAGAGCUAGGUAAUGUCAGAUCAUACUGUCUCUCUCUAUGUUAGACCUAGGUAACGUCAGAUCAUACUGUCUCUCUCUCUAUGUUAGAGCUAGGUAACGUCAGAUCAUACUGUCUCUCCAUGUUAGAGCUAGGUAAUGUCAGAUCAUACUGUCUCUCUCUAUGUUAGAGCUAGGUAACGUCAGAUCAUAUUGUCUCUCUCUAUGUUAGAGCUAGGUAACGUCAGAUCAUACUGUCUCUCUCUAUAUUAGAGCUAGGUAACGUCAGAUCAUACUGUCUCUCUCUAUGUUAGAGCUAGGUAACGUCAGAUCAUACUGUCUCUCUCUAUGUUAGAGCUAGGUAACGUCAGAUCAUACUGUCUCUCUCCAUGUUAGAGCUAGGUACAGUGAGGGAAAAAAGUAUUUGAUCCCCUGCUGAUUUUGUAUGUUUGCCCACUGACAAAGACAUGAUCAGUCUAUAAUUUUAAUGGUAGGUUUAUUUGAACAGUGAGAGACAGAAUAACAACAAAAAAAUCACGAAAAACGCAUGUCAAAAAUGUUAUAAAAUGAUUUGCAUUUUAAUGAGGGAAAUAAGUAUUCGACCCCUCUGCAAAACAUGACUUAGUACUUGAUGGCAAAACCCUUGUUGGCAAUCACAGAGGUCAGACGUUUCUUGUAGUUGGCCACCAGGUUUGCACACAUCUCAGGUGGGAUUUUGUUCCACUCCUCUUUGCAGAUCUUCUCCAAGUCAUUAAGGUUUUGAGGCUGACGUUUGGCAACUCGAACUCCACAGAUUUUCUAUGGGAUUAAGGUCUGAAGACUGGCUAGGCCACUCCAGGACCUUAAUGUGCUUCUUCUUGAGCCACUCCUUUGUUGCCUUGGCUGUGUGUUUUGGGUCAUUGUCAUGCUGGAAUACCCAUCCACGACCCAUUUUCAAUGCCCUGGCUGAAGGAAGGAGGUUCUCACCCAAGAUCUGAAGGUACAUGGCCCCGUCCAUCGACCCUUUGUUGCGGUGAAGUUGUCCUGUCCCCUUAGCAGAAAAACACCCCCAAAGCAUAAUGUUUCCACCUCCAUGUUUGACGGUGGGGAUGGUGUUCUUGGGGUCAUAGGCAGUAUUCCUCCUCCUCCAAACACGGCGAGUUGAGUUGAUGCCAAAGAGCUCGAUUUUGGUCUCAUCUGACCACAACACUUUCACCCAGUUCUCCUCUGAAUCAUUCAGAUGUUCAUUGGCAAACUUCAGACGGCCCUGUAUAUGUGCUUUCUUGAGCAGGGGGACCUUGUGAGCGCUGCAGGAUUUCAGUCCUUCAUGGCGUAGUGUGUUACCAAUUGUUUUCUUGGUGACUAUGGUCCCAGCUGCCUUGAGAUCAUUGACAAGUUCCUCCCGUGUAGUUCUGGGCUGAUUCCUCACCGUUCUCAUGAUCAUUGCAACUCCACGAGGUGAGAACUUGCAUGGAGCCCCAGGCCAAGGGAGAUUGACAGUUAUUUUGUGUUUCUUCCAUUUGCGAAUAAUCGCACCAACUGUUGUCACCUUCUCACCAAGCUGCUUGGCGAUGGUCUUGUAGCCCAUUCCAGCCUUGUGUAGGUCUACAAUCUUGUCCCUGACAUCCUUGGAGAGCUCCUUGGUCUUGGCCAUGGUGGAGAGUUUGGAAUCUGAUUGAUUGAUUGCUUCUGUGGACAUGUGUCUUUUAUACAGGUAACAAGCUGAGAUUAGGAGCACUCCCUUUAAGAGUGUGCUCCUAAUCUCAGCUCGUUACCUGUAUAAAAGACACCUGGGAGCCAGAAAUCUUUCUGAUUGAGAGGGGGUCAAAUACUUAUUUCCCUCAUUAAAAUUCAAAUCAAUUUAUAACAUUUUUGACAUGCAUUUUUCUGGAUUUUUUUGUUGUUAUUCUGUCUCUCACUGUUCAAAUAAAACCUACCAUUAAAAUUAUAGACUGAUCUUUCUGUUGCACUGGGAAGUACAAAAUCAGCAGGGGUCAAAUACUUUUUCCCUCACUGUAACAUCAGAUCAUAUGUAUCUUGUUGAAUGGUGAUUUGGCACUGUCGUCCACUGACAUGUUUAACUAGCAUUGUAGAACAAAACGUGUCCAUGCUUUUGUACAUGUAAAAAAGGCUCAGAUCAUACUUUAAAUCGGCGCUCAACCCUGUUCCUGCAGAGCUUCCCAUCCUUUGUAGGUUUGUCACUCCAACCCUGUCCAUGAGAGCUUACCAUCCGUAGGUUUCACGCCAACCUGUCCGGGAGAGUACCAUCUGUAGUUUCAUACAAACCCUGUUCCUGGAGAGCUACCAUCUGUAGGGUUCUCUCCAACCCUGUUCCUGGAGAGCUACCAUCCUGUAGGUUUUCACUCCAACCCUGUUCCUGGAGAGCUACCAGCCUGUAGGUUUUCACUCCAACCCUGUUCCUGGAGAGCUACCAUCCUGUACGUUUUCACUCCAACCCUGUUCCUGGAGAGCUACCAUCCUGUAGGUUUUCACUCCAACCCUGUUCCUGGAGAGCUACCAUCCUGUAGGUUUUCACUCCAACCCUGUUCCUGGAGAGCUACCAUCCUGUAGGUUUUCACUCCAACCCUGUUCCUGGAGAGCUACCAUCCUGUAGGUUUUCACUCCAACCCUGUUCCUGGAGAGCUACCAUCCUGUAGGUUUUCACUCCAACCCUGUUCCUGGAGAGCUACCAUCCUGGAGGUUUUCACUCCAACCCUGUUCCUGCAGAGCUACCAUCCUGGAGGUUUUCACUCCAACCCUGUUCCUGCAGAGCUACCAUCCUGGAGGUUUUCACUCCAACCCUGUUCCUGCAGAGCUACCAUCCUGGAGGUCAGGGCUCUCCAACCCUGUUCCUGCAGAGCUACCAUCCUGGAGGUCAGGGCUCUCCAACCCUGUUCCUGCAGAGCUACCAUCCUGGAGGUCAGGGCUCUCCAACCCUGUUCCUGCAGAGCUACCAUCCUGGAGGUCAGGGCUCUCCAACCCUGUUCCUGCAGAGCUACCAUCCUGGAGGUUUUCGCUCCAACCCUAAUCUAGCACACCUGAUUCUAAUAACUACCUGGUUGAUAAGAUGAAUCAGGUUAGUUACAACUGGGGUUGGAGCGAAAACCUACAGGAGGGCAGCUCUCCAUGAACAUGGUUAGAGAGCCCUGCUCUAAAUUAAGCUUCUAAGCUUUUAACAAGUUAAUUAUUAUUUACAACCCAAAAAGAUAUAUAUUCUACAUAUUCUCUGCUGGGUUUUUGAGUGUUUUUGGGAGAUAUCUUGAGAAUUUGUAUCAAAAAUACGUUUAAAUAUUAAAUGUAUUAUAUUAAAAUAGAACCAGGGGACAGUUGGUUUGUUAGACUCCUCCGUGUCAGUGGAGGAUUUAGUUGAGUGUGACUAAGUGUGACCUGAUUCUACUGUGGAAUGUUGUUCUCUCUGUAAAACAUUCUACCCUGCCUGUCCAUGUCCGUCCUGCCCAAUAGGCUAGCCAUGAAAACAAACCAGCCACAGCACAUUCCUUAUAGUAGUAUGCGUGUGUGUGUGUGUGUGUGUGUGUGUGUGUGUGUGUGUGUGUGUGUGUGUGUGUGUGUGUGUGUGUGUGUGUGUGUGUGUGUGUGUGUGUGUGUGUGUGUGUGUGUGUGUGUGUGUGUGUGUGUGUGUGUGUGUGUGUGUGUGUGUGUGUGUGUGUGUGUGUGUGUGUGUGUUUGAGUUUCACCCAAAUAACACACACACCCAGAAUACCAUACUAAUUGUUUUGGCAUCAGACACACUAUUCAACAGACUAGUGCUUGUUGCUUACUGCUUGUUUUGCAGUAUGUGUCAGUUUCCUUAUAGUAGUGUGUGUGUGUGUGUGUGUGUGUGUGUUUGAGUUUCACCCAAAUAACACACACACACCCAGAAUACCAUACUAAUUGUUUUGGCAUCAGACACACUAUUCAACAGACUAGUGCUUGUUGCUUACUGCUUGUUUUGCAGUAUGUGUCAGUUUCGGGUCAGGAGUUUCAGGAUCUAAUGUAUCAGUGUAUUAAUGCUAACUGUUGCUCCAUUCUUGUGUCUCUGUUCCAGGCAGGGGCACCGUACUACUAUGGCUGACCCUGUAAAACAACAUAUUUCACUGCACCUAUCCAGUGCAUGUGACAAUAAAACAUAUAUAUUUUUGUUCAUUUUCUUGUAGAAGGCAAGAUGGUGUCUGUUGUAUAGGAAGCAGUCUGCUGCAGAGAACAGAGGGGGGAGGAGAGAUGGACACGGAUCUGGACGAGGCAGACCUCAAUCAGAAGAAGGUCUGAACUGACUUUACAUUCAUCAUCUUCUUUUUUGCGAACAAUUGUUUUCAUCAGAUGAAAUCAAAGGCAAUACAAUUACAUGAAUCUUUGAAUGAACUGAUUUUAUAUAAAAGUAAGGAAAAUUAAAGACAAAGCCCAUCCAACCUAUGGUCCUCGGGAUCCAGGAGAUCUCUGGGUAAAGAGGAGUGGAGACAGUUACUCUGUGCUAACUCCUCCCAUCCACUAGGUGGAGCUACUCCAGGCCAUGGACUCUGAGCAUUGCCUCUUUGCGGGAGGAAAAGGAGGUUCUGGCGGAGGAGCAGAGGAGGUUCCGGGCCCUAGGGGGCCAUAUGGAGAGCCUGGUCCAGGAGCGCUGUAAGCCCAACGAGAGGGAGAAGUACAGGAUGUUCAUCGGGGACCUGGAUAAGAUAGUCAACCUGCUACUGUCUCUGUGUGGCGGCUGGCCCGGGGUCAUAACGCUCUCUCUGCCCUGGAUAGAGAGGGAGGAGCAGAAGACGCCAGAGGAGAGGGUGAGAUAUUAAACCUACCACUAUACAACUAUACAAUACACCUUAACUACACUACACUACACUACCACAAACACACUACACACUACACUAUACAGCCACUAUACACUACACAUAACUAUACACUAUCCAAUACACGAACACUACCUAAUACACUACUACACUAAACACAAUACGCACAUACACUACCAUACACCUACACUAAUACACUACACUAUAAACUAUACAUUAAACUACCUAAGACACACAUACACUACACAAGCUACACUAACAACACAUACAUAAAUACACUAACACACAGUAUACACUACACACUACACAUAACACUACACACAUACACACACUAUAACUAACAUAACUACAGACACAACAUACACAACAUAAAUACAACAAAAUACACACAACACUACACACUACAAUACACACACUACACAUACACACUACACACAUAACACACACUACACUACACUAACACAUACACACUAUACACUACACUACACACCACACUACACACUACUCUACACUACACUACACACUACACUAUACACUACACACUACACUACACUACACUACUGCUUUAUCAGCCUUACACUCCUCUUGUCUUUUGUUUUGCUGUGUUAAAGAGCGGUGACAUCAUGGUGCCACCUCCCUUAAUGACGGUGGUGACGCCGUUAAAAUGUGAUUUACUUUAGUCACAGAUACUACGGGGCUCCUCCCCUCUGAAACACGGAUUCAUUCUCUGACCUUCUGCUCUGACCUCCUGACAGGGUGUUCAUUGUGUGUGUAGAUACACAUUCAGCCUGGGUUGCUUUAGUUUAACCAAAUGGCAUCAUGUAUUAUCAAGGCUUUACUAAUCUAGUGUCCUAUCUCACUAAUACUGAACAUUUUUCCGGAGAUGUGUCACAUGACGGCCACUGGGUGGUGCCAGGUCAUCGUGUCUCUGUAUUGACUAAUCUAUCCCUUCCCCUCAGGAGUCUACAGAGGAGCAGCCAGGAUGUCUAUCUCUCUGUGUAAAGACUCUAUUCACUUAUCACUAACAGUCUCUACCCUCACAAGUCUGUGUAGUCAGCACCAGGAUGUCUUUAAUAAUCUAUAUAUCUCUGUUAACACAGGAGUCUACAGCAGAAGCACCAGGAUGUCUUUAAUAAUCUAUAUAUCUCUGUUAACUCAGGAGUCUACAGCAGAAGCACCAGGAUGUCUUUAAUAAUCUAUAUAUCUCUGUUAACUCAGGAGUCUACAGCAGAAGCACCAGGAUGUCUUUAAUAAUCUAUAUAUCUCUGUUAACUCAGGAGUCCUUACAGCAGAAGCGCAGCCAGCUGUGUAGUCAGCAUGAGGAUGCCAGGGAGCUGAAGGAGAAUCUGGACCGGCGGGAGCGUGUGGUUCUGGACAUCCUGGGUGGGUACCUGACCGGGCCGCAGCUAAGAGACUACCAGCACUACGUCUGUAUGAGACCAGCCCUGCUGAUCCGACAGAGACACCUGGACGAGCUCCUUAAGCAGUGGGACGAGCAGCUCAGCAGGCUGGCCGAGAGUAUCUCUCCUGGGGAGUCGGACCACCAGGGGCCUCCUGGCGACCACCAGGCCCAGCCCAGCUCAUCUAUCCCUGGCCUUAGGGGUCCCGGCCCUAACCUUGGUCCUACCCAUGCUGUCCGCUCCACCACUGUAACAUCACUGUGA